AUGGCUGCGGCAAGGCGGUCUCCCGGGAGCUCCCCGCACCACACCGACCUCUGCUGCCGGACCGUCCUCCUCCUGAGGAAAAUGCGCGCCGAUGUCAGCCGCCUCCUGGAAGCCUACGUCGAGAAGCAGGGUUUGGACAAAAACUUCAGCCUUGACUUGGUGGAUGGUGUGCCAACAGCCAGUACUGAACAAUGGAGUGAAGCCUCCGAUGCUGAGCGGCUGGGAGACAACCUGAAGGCAUAUUGGGCAUUUCAGACCUUGCUGAAUGAGAUCCUGGAAGAGCAGAGGUCCUCCUUGACACCAAAUGAUUUAGAUUUCCAUGAGUCUAUCCAGUCAGUCUUGCUCCAAGUCUCUGCUUUGGCUUACCAGCUGGAAGAACUGAUGGUGAUGUUGGAGCACAGUGUGCCGGCCAAAGAGCUGGAAGGUAUCAGGGGUGCUCGUGAAAGGGGUUUGUUUGAGAAGAAACUGAGAGGCAUGAAGGUGCUGCAGGAGCUGGCUCACUGGUCUGUUAGGUCUGUCCGGGACCUACGCCAACUUUCCAAGCCUGUUCAGACAGGGGCCAUCCCACAUGUGAGCUGCUGCUUGGCUCUGAAAAAGUGA